AUGGCUCGCACUCGUCGUUCAGCCUCAUCUCCGCGCCCCGCCGCUGCGGCUUCACCCGCACGCACAACACCACCACCACAUCAACAACAACAACAUAAUCAUCAAAACACACACCAGACAACUGCUCAGCAACCGCAACCUCAGGUAACAAAUGUGUACGUGCAGCGUGGUGGAAUGGGUAGCGGUCUCCUUGGAAAUGUGGCAUCAGUUGCAGCCGGUUCCGUCAUUGGCCACGGCAUUUCACAUAUGCUCUUCGACCGCAAUGCCCCGCCAGCACAACCCACUGAGUUGCAACAGGUGGCACAACAAGUUGGUAACGGUGCCUGUGCAGCUCAUGUCCAAACUUAUGCAAAAUGUUUGGAAGCAAAUGAAGGCAAUGCGGCACCAUGUAAAUGGGCAUGGGAAACCUUUACACAGUGUCAAAGUGAGCAGCAACCAACUCAAUAA